UUUUUUUUUUUGUAGGAGUUAAGAAAAAUGCAUCAUGGACUCUUGCACUUUAUUAGUCACCGCACCAUCAAACAGGAAAACGUAGCGAUUAAUUGUAGAGGGGUCGAUCACUAAACAUGCACUGUGCUUCACGAUUUUCGCAUCGUAUCCUCUUUUGAUAAACUUUUUAACACAUUUUACAAAUAUUUGAUUAAAAUAAGAACUAUGUUUAAUUUUCCGAAUUUUACAAACUACAUCUGCAUAGUAUUCACGCUGCGUAAGUCCAAGUUUUAAGUACUUUUAGGUUAGUAUUAAAAUAUGCUGAAACGAGACUGUGACUGAACGGAAAUACGAAUUAAAUUGCAAAAACAAUGCCACUAAGUAUAAUUUUAUUCUUGAUAAAAUUAUACUUAGUGGCAUAGUGACAAACAAACGGAAAUGUCAAGAUAAUAAUAAUUACAUUUUAUAUGGAGUUGAACAUUUUUUGUGAGAACUCAUGAGUGGGGAGAAAAAACAGUCAAUACUAAUGCAGUGAAACUGUGGACGGUGGUGGUCAGGAAAGUUCAACUAGUACAGAAACAAAUGUUGAAUUAGUAAUCACUUUUAAUGCAAUUCAUCUGGAGUUGAAUAACAUGGUAUUUAUCAACAUGUAAAUCAAAUAUUUUCUUAAUGUUCUGACAUCUAUUAAUACUGUCGGGUCUAAUUUUUAGCUCGACUAUUCGAAGAAUAGGGGAGUUAUCCUACUCGCCCCGGCGUCGGCGUUAACGUGAGCGUGAGCGUCACACCAAUGUUAAAGUUUGCGUACCACACUAAAUAUUUUCAAAGUCCAUUGAGAUAUUGCUUUCAUAUUUUGCAUAGUUGUUUACCAUCAUGGCCCCAGUCUGUAAAAAGGAGGAGGCAACUCUAUCAAGCAUUUUGACUGAAUUAUGGUCCCUUUUCGACUUAGAAUAUGCUUAUUGUAAUGUUAAAGUUUUGCACAUAGCUUAUAUUAUACUAUCAAGCAGUGAGAAUAGUCGAGAGCGCUGUCCACUGACAGCUCUUGUUGUUGUCAUCUAUUCUGUUACAUAUAAGAAUUUAUUACAUUUCUCUGUUCCAACAAAACUUCCUUAAAUUUUACUCUUAGUAUGCACAUUAACUGACUGUAUUUGUACAAGUUUGUUACAGUGUAUCAUGUUUUUUCUUUGCUUUUCUUAUGUUGUAAUUUUGAAAUGUAUCUUCACAUGAAUGAAUGUUAUAUAAUCAAUAAAACCUCUAUUUUCCGAACCUUUUUACAAAAUCGUAUCAUUUGUUUGCAGACCUGGGUACCUAGAAGAUAACAUGUCCAUUUAAAACGAAAUGAAACACAUAUUUCAGAUUAAAAAUAGUAAAAGAAAUAUACAAAAUGGGUUAAAUUUCUAUUACUCCUGUAAAAAGUACAAGUUUUAUCUUGACAAAUGAUCUUAUUUAUUAAAAUAUAUCCAGCUGCAGUUUGAACAUUCGAAUAUGUAAAUAACCAUUUAUAUUUUAUACUGUCACCCACGGUACUAGCAGAAGAUUGCGCCUCUAAUACUGUCGUAAAUAAGAUUAAUAAGUUUAAAGUUAACCGAAUUAUAUAAAUCCUCGGGUUAUAUGUUACGCUCCCUCUUGUAAGCUAUAAAGCAAUAAACCAUUUUGAACAAUUAUUAAAUAUGAUAAAAUGACUUGCAGAGAUCACAUAGCGGUUUAUUGCUUAUACAGCGGUGACUUUAGUUCCUGACCUUUUUCGUUUACGAUAUAGCGUUUGUAUUUAAUUGGUUUAUGGCACCCCCAUAGACUAGGUGAGGAAGAGGUGGGAAUUGACAUUGAGCCUUUUCGUUGUUAUAACAGGAAAAGCUUCGCGUUAUUAAUUUGAUUUCUGUUAUCUGGAAUAUUUCUUUGCAGAAAUGAGGAUGUUCUCCAUCGAAAAGUUGUAUCGCUAAGGCGUGAUCUAUUUGCUACCGGAUGGUGAUAUAUUUAAUGUCAACACUGAGAGCUGUCUAUCUCUGUUAUCUUUUGUUUGUGAAAUGCAUGUCAAAUCCGGAAAUAACCGAUAUCGUUUUCUGUUUGCUUAAAAUACAUGCUAUCAAAAUCUUCUUAAAAUACGCUGAUCAGUGCUUAAGUACCCAACGAAAAUAUAUUUUAUAUUUGACUGGAUGAUUUGUAUGGAAACUUUAAGAUCAAAUUUAAUUAGCUUUCCUUGUCACGUUGCGUAAGAAUUGAGAUGAAGGAUUGUGAUGGGUGUAGGGAUUUACGGAAGGAACUCGGGAAAGCAAAACUUGGGCUACACCAUGAAAACCCGUCACUGUUUGUUAAAUCGCAGUGGUUUAUACCAAAAAUCUUUAUAUUCUGGGUAGUGUUUUGGAUGCUAUACUACGCUGCUAUGCUAGGUUUAGACAUUUACUACAACUAUGAAUUGGGCAGUGAAUAUUUCAUCUAUUUAACUAACUGGUCAUACUUGCUGCAGGCUGCGCAUGUGUUUCUUGACUUCGGGGUGACUGUCUUUACACACAAUAAACGUAGAGAUAUCAGAGACAGUCUAGCAACCGGAACACCCUGGUAUAUCAAAGUACUUUGGGUUUUCUUUAAUGUAAACAAUGUUAUAUCUUUGCUAGUCACUACCGUAUACUAUGCCCUACUCGAGCCCGAAUUCAACCACGGAAGUAUCAACAAACAUUUGUUGAAUACGAUCUACACCUUGUUCAAUUUGGUCUUCUGCGCAAAACCCGUGCAAAUGCUACACUUUUAUCAACCAAUGAUAUUUGGAUUUCUUUACUUAUUGUUUUCUAUUAUUUAUCAUCUCCUUGGAUAUGCUCCAAUUUAUGAAGUCGUAGACUGGAGCAAUACUGGAAAAACGUCCCUUCUCGUUUGUGUUUUAAUAUUUGUUGGAAUACCUCUUUUGCAUUUAGUCUGUUUUUCCAUUCAAACACUGAGACUAUUUAUCAGCUGGAAAUGGAAGUGUUCUGGAGCGAAGGUAUCAGACAAUGAACAUAUGAAAAGAGGAGUAACAACACGAGAUGUAGAACUACAUGAGACCGCAAAAUCAACAAAAGCAGCAGUCACCGCUCCGAAUACGGUUAAACCAGACUCGGAACAGGCUUAAAAGCAUACAAUACGUAUAUACCGUUACACGUGUCAAUUAAAGUAUUAGAACAUCAUGAUUCUUAUUUUUGGCCAUCAAAACCACCUAGGUUCUUGAAUAUUGCAGGAAACCACUAAGAAUAGUAGGUUUUCUAUAUCAGAUAUAUGGUAUGCAUGCACGUAUUCAAAUACGAAAGACAUUUCGGAAAAUGUACAGUUCGAUUGCACAUUUUCAACCACAUAUCAGAUAUAAACAAAAGGUGUCAUUCAGUGACCAGUAUUUGCUUCUAGUUUCAUUACGCCGUGCUGUAAUUUUAUUUUUCGUUACCAACGUCCCUUCUACGCAUUUGUUGAAAUGGACACAUGGAAUACUGAUAUGUAUUGGCUUUUUAUUCAUAUGUAUUCAUGUAUGUAUUCCCUUGAAUAUAGCAUAGGCUGGAUGAAGAACUGGACAAGAUUGAAGCACGAAUCAUUGCUUUUCUUUUUGCAAAUGUUCACACAUAUGACAAACAGUUAAACGCUAUAUAUUGUGUUUAAAAUGUGUCAUUGCCUAAUAAGCAAUUGUUUUAAGUACAAAAUGAAAUUAUUUAAAAUUGACAACAUUUAAUAGUUUAACAAUUACCCAGUGAAUACAAAAUGCACGAACAUAAUGUGUACUUAGAAUGUUUAUAUAAUGCUAUGAAAUGGUAUGCAUGCUAGUAAAGAAAUUUUGCAAAUACAUCAUUGACGCACU